UCACGGGGAAGUCCAGAAGUCACUGACCAAAUAGGCGGCGCCUGCGGGUCCCGGGGCCUUCUCCUCCUACACCUCCCGGCCCCCCGGCAGCGGCCAUGGAGGAUCCCGCCCCGGUCCCGGUGGCGGUCCCGGCCCCCUGCCGCUUCUUCCUCGAGGGCCGCUGCCGCUUCGGGGCCCGCUGCCGGCAGCCCCAUCCCGGAGCCCCCGGGACCCCCGACCGCCCCCCGGCCCCGGAGCCGGAGCCGGGCUCCAAGAAGCCUCCCAUGAAGACGGCGGCGGCCGUGAUCCACCGGAUCCGCUGGGACCCGCUCCUGGACCCGGCCGACUUCUCGGUGGGCUACCUGGACCGCUUCCUGGGGGUGGUGGAGGAACCGUUCGACGCCUUCUGCUGGGACGAGGAGCUGGGGGCGCUGGGCCCGGGGGUGCUGGCCGUACCCCAACACCGCAUCCGCUACUUCCGACAUCGCGGCGCGCUCGUCUGGGACCGCCACGCCCGCAUCGACCACGUCUUCGGCUCGGCCGGCGCGGGGCGAACCAUCCGGGACCGGCACCGGGAGCCGGACGGGGAGCAGGAUCUGCAGCAGGAGCAGGAGCUGGAGCAGGAUCUGAAGCUGGAGCUGAAGCAGGAGCUGGAGCAGGAUCUGAAGCAGAAGCUGGAGCGGGAGCAGGAUUUGAAACAGGAGCUGGAGCACGAUUUGAAGCUGGAGCAGGAUCUGGAGCAGAAGCUGGAGCUGGAGCAGGAUCUGAAGCUGGAGCUAGAGCAGGAGGCCACGCAGGAGCGAGAGGAGGCCGCCAGGAAGCGUGGAGGCUGCGGGGCUGAUGGAGAGAGGGGGGCCUCGCUGGAGGUCCUACCCCCGGGGCCGGGGCCGGGACAGGCCCAAGGGUCGGAGCCUCGGCGCUCCCCGGCUGCUGCGGCGGGAGGGAGGAGGCCGGAGCCAGAGCUGGACUGGGGGCUGGCCCAGCAGGCUGCAGAAAACCACCUCAGAUUGGGACCAGGGAGCUGGCCCGGGGAGGAGGAGAGAGCCGUCGAGCUGCCCCGCUCCGCCCGCCCACCCCGCCCCACGCACUUUGUGGCCUUGCCCGUGACAGACCCCAGGCUGCGGGCCUCGGUGGCUGAGGUCCAGGACCACCUCGUGGGGCAGGACCCGGAUGUGGCGGCCGGCCUGGUGCCCCCGGCCGGCCUCCACCUCACGCUCUGCCUCCUGCGCCUGGCCGGCCCCAGAGAGGUGGCAGAGGCCACGGCGGCCCUCAAGCAGCUGGCGAGGGACCCAGGCGUCCGAUACCCCCAACGCCUCCGUUUAGGCGGCCUGGCUCGCUUUGGUUCCGGGGUCCUCUAUGCCACCCCCUCCCCGGACCUAGGGGACCUAGCCCAGGCACUAGCCCACGGGCUGGAGUCGAGGGGUCUGCGGGUGGUCCAAGCCCCGGCCGCCCCCCAUCUCACCCUGGCCAAGUUGCCCCGGGGGUCCGGUGGCAGCCUGCCCGCCCCGGAGCCCGGGGGCCGGGAGCUGGGCCACCAGGAAGUGCGGCACCUCCAGCUAUGCCGGGUCGGGGGACCCCGAGGGGAAGAGGGGGGCUAUGAAACCGUGGCCCAAGUGUCUCUGCGAUGACGAGGACCUGUCGACACCCCCUGCUCCUUCGGGGUGCAGCUCUCAACAUUUGCACAAUCACCACUCCGGAGCUCAGCCACCGCGGGCUGGGUGCGACUUGCACUUUCCAUUAAAAUCGAAAUCUUUAAAAAGCUUUCCCAAUGUGUCUCAGGAACCCUCAGAAUGAGGGUAGGCACUGGGGGUUGGAGGGGUCUACCAUACCAGGCCCGCACUGCUGGGGGCUUCCCCCCAUCCUACCACAACAUCC